UUUGGUAGUUUAAAUGUGGUAUAUUUGCAUUUUUAUUAUUAAUGUAGUCUUAUAUGUUCACGGGCCACUGGCAAUUGUUUAUGAACACCCUGCCCAUAUGUCUUGCCCUAAAUGAGUUUUUACUGGGUAAAUAUUAUAGUGGAAUCGCCAGAAAAUGCAAAGGAGGAACACUGAGAUUGAAAGGUUGGCCAGGCGCCAUCGCUCACGUCUGUAAUCCCAGCAUUUUGGGAGGCCGAGGAGGGUGGAUCACCUGAGGUCAAGAGUUCAAGACCAGCCUGGCCAACAUGGUAAAACCCCAUCUCUACUAAAAAUACAAAAAUUAGCCCGGCGUGGUUGCAGGCACCUGUAAUCCCAGCUACUUGGGAGGCUGAGGCAGGAGAAUUGCUUGAACCCGGGAAGCUAAAGCUGCAGUGAGCCAAGAUCUCGCCACCGCAUGCCAGCCUGGGAGACAGAGUGAGACUAUCUCAACAACAUCAAAAAAGAUUGAAAUGUUGGUUUAGCAAAGUGAAAAACGCAGAUAAACUUAGGUUUGGAUUCGCCUGUUGAAUACACUGGCUAUGUGACCUUGGUUCAACUUCUCAGGUCCCAUCUUGUUUGUGAAAGGGGGAUGAGGUUUUUAUCUUUCAGUGGUGUGAGCAAUGAAUGGGAUAAUGCACGUAAUGCUGGAAAUUAUGACAGUUACUACGAUAGUUAUUCUGCAGAAGUAAGUAACUGCACUAUGGCACAGGAAUCUAUAAAACAGAGAAAGUACAGCGGUGAGUUAGUUUGAAGAAUCUAAGAGGGCUAUUUCUGGCAUUUCCACUAUUCCACCAUUAUUUCCUUUUUUUUUUUUUUUUUUGAGACGGAGUCUCGCUCUGUCGCCCAGGCUGGAGUGCAGUGGCGCGAUCUCGGCUCACUGCAAGAGCUCCGCCUCCCGGGUUCACGCUAUUCUCCUGCCUCAGUCUCCCACGUAGCUGGGACUACAGGCGCCCCCUAGCCCGGCUAAUUUUUUUGUAUUUUUAGUAGAGACGGGGUUUCACCGUUUUAGCCAGGAUGGUCUCAAUCUCCUGACUUCGUGAUCCGCCCACCUCGGCCUCCCAAAGUGCUGGGAUUACAGGCCUGAACCACACGCCCAGCCUAUUCCACCAAGAUUUCUACCCCUCCUCCCGAAUGUUAGUGGUGUCACUAUGGCAACAAGCACGCGCUGCUCAAGGCUCAAUUUUCCAGCCGUUACGGAUCUCCACCGCGUCACUCUCGGCUGCCAAGAGACUCUGAGGCGGAUCCCCCAAGCCAGUCUCAGAUUGAUCCCCCUUGGCCAGAGGGCGAGAAGCCACAGGGCAGUAUGGCCAAAGCGGAGGCCUCCUCGUCGCUGGAGGACUUAGACCUGAGUGGAGAGGAGGUCCAGCGGCUCACCUCCGCCUUCCAGGACCCGGAGUUCCGGCGAAUGUUCUCCCAGUACGCCGAGGAGCUCACCAACCCGGAGAACCGGCGGCGCUACGAGGCGGAGAUCACCGCGCUAGAGCGUGAGCGCGGGGUGGAGGUGCGGUUCGUGCACCCGGAGCCGGGGCACGUGCUGCGCACCAGCCUGGACGGGACACGGCGCUGCUUCGUGAACGUCUGCAGCAAUGCGCUGGUGGGCGCGCCCAGCAGCCGGCCCGGCUCCGAUGACGACCGGGGAGCAGCUCCUGGCAGUCACUGGUCCCUGCCCUACAGCUUGGCGCCAGGCCGUGAGUACGCGGGGCGCAACAGCAGCCGAUACAUGGUCUACGACGUGGUCUUCCAUCCAGACGCGCUAGCGCUGGCCCGGCGGCACGAGGGCUUCCGCCAGAUGCUGGACGCUACGGCCCUGGAGGCAGUCGAGAAGCAGUUCGGCGUGAAGCUGGACCGCAGGAAUGCCAAGACCCUGAAAGCCAAGUAUAAGGGGACCCCCGAGGCUGCGGUGCUGCGCACACCCCUGCCCGGGGUCAUCCUGGCCAGGCCUGAGGAGGAGCCGAAGGGUCCUCUCCCGGACUUCCCCUACCCCUACCAGUACCCGGCAACCUCCGGGAACUCUGCAACCCACGGGCCCCGGGCGCCCUCCCCUCCGGAAGCGGCCUUGCAGCCCGCCCCCACUGAGCCCCGCUACAGCGUGGUGCAGCGCCACCACGUGGACCUCCAGGAUUACCGCUGCUCCCGGGACUCAGCCCCGAGCCCCGUACCCCAUGAGCUGGUGGUCACCAUAGAACUGCCGCUGUUGCGCUCGGCCGCGCAGGCGGCGCUGGAGGUGACGGGAAAGCUGCUGUGCCUCGACUCAAGGAAACCCGACUACCGGCUGCGGCUAUCGCUCCCGUACCCAGUGGACGACGGCCGCGGCAAGGCACAAUUCAACAAGGCCCGGCGGCAGCUGGUGGUUACGCUGCCAGUGGUACUACCGGCCGCGCGCCGGGAUCCCGCCGUCGCCGGCGCAGUCGCCGCCGCCACGCCGGAAGAGUCCUUGGACCCGUCCGGAACUGACGGCCAGGCCUGCACUUCCGUUCACGAGGGGGAGGCGGGACCCGUGGGGAGUCCCGCCGAGGACGGAGGCCGCGAUACCUGCGUGGCUGGGGCUGCGAGCUCUGGGGUCACCACCGUGGGCGACCCCAAGGUGGCGUCCCCGCCGGCCGGCGCUGGAGAGGAACGUGUCCCCAAGCCGGGGGAGCAGGACUUGAGCACGCACGCGGGGUCGCCGCCGGGCAGCGUGGAGGAACCAUCUCCCGGAGGAGAGAACUCACCUGGUGGCGGAGGCUCCCUUUGUACGUCCUGCCGGGGCCUUGCCUGGGAGUCUUAUGCGGGAAGAGAGAGUGCGCGCGGAGAUACCGGUGUGGAGACGCGCGCGGAGUCGGAGGGCAAGCGCUGCGAGCCCUCAGCCCGCGCCAUGGGUGGUCCCGGGACCAAGAGCGGGGAGCCUUUGUGUCCUCCGUUACUGUGUAAUCAGGACAAAGAAACCUUGACUCUGCUCAUUCAGGUGCCUCGGAUCCAGCCGCAAAGUCUUCAAGGAGAUUUGAAUCCCCUCUGGUACAAAUUACGCUUCUCCACACAAGACUUAGUUUAUUCCUUCUUUUUGCAAUUUGCUCCAGAGAAUAAAUUGAGUACCACAGAACCUGUGAUUAGCAUUUCUUCAAACAAUGCAGUGAUAGAACUGGCAAAAUCUCCAGAGAGCCAUGGACAUUGGAGAGAGUGGUAUUAUGGUGUAAACAACGAUUCUUUGGAGGAAAGGUUAUUUGUCAAUGAAGAAAAUGUUAAUGAGUUUCUUGAAGAGGUCCUGAGCUCUCCAUUCAAACAGUGUAUGUCCUUAACCCCACCAUUAAUUGAAGUUCUUCAAGUUACUGAUAAUAAGAUUGAAAUUAAUGCAAAGUUGCAAGAAUGUGGUAACUCUGAUCAGCUACAAGGAAAGGAAGAAAGAGUAAACGAAGAAAGUCGUCUAACUAAAAAGGAAUAUAUAGAACAUUGUAACACCUCUACAACUGAUUCUGAUUCAUCUAUAGCAGUUAAAGCACUACAAAUAGAUAGCUUUGGUUCAGUUACAUGCUUUCAACAAGAGUCUCUUGAUGUUUCUCAAAUGAUACUUGGAAAAUCUCAGCAACCUGAGUCAAAAAUGCAAUCUGAAUUUAUAAAAGAAAAAAGUGCUACUUGCUCAAAUGAGGAAAAAGAUAACUUAAACGAGUCAAUAAUAACUGAAGAGAAAGAAACAGAUGGAGAUCACCUAUCUUCAUUACUGAACAAAACUACAGUUCACAAUAUACCUGGAUUUGACAGCAUAAAAGAAACCAAUAUGCAGGAUGGUAGUGUACAGGUCAUUAAAGAUCAUGUGACCAAUUGUGCAUUCAAUUUUCAGAAUUCUUUGCUAUAUGAUUUGGAUUAAUUCUAUAUAAUUUUGGACUUUUAAAUAUUAAGGUUAAAAAAUGCCUGUAUCUAAAAUUGAUUCUGUUAACUGUUGUCUUAAAACUAAAGGCAUUAAAGUAUAAAAUUAAAAUUUGCAAUUUUUUUUUUUUUUUUAAAUUGCAGUUUUGAUUCUCAUGGGGGAAACUGGAGAUUUUUAUUUUUUUUACCUCUGGAGUUUAAAGUUUCCUUAUGGAGAUAAGUUUUGUGAUUCCUGUAAUAGAUGUGUAUAUUUUUCUAUUUGAGAGUUAAAACAUUGUUUAAUAUAACCUGUGUAUAUAUACUUCUGUGUUAAAUUUUGCUUUGUCAUUACUUUAAUAAAAUUUCAAAAUAAAUAUUCACUAA